AUAAUAAUAACAGUAAUGCAUUAUUAAUAUUAUCAUUAUUAAAUAUGUUCACUAAUUUCAAUGAGAACAAAUAUUUAUCAUCAUGUUCAAAGUGAUUGUGUUGGCCAGCACCCCCACCACCUCAUUUACCCAGUGACCUCAGAUCUUGAUGUUGCAGGUGGCGCAGGAUCACUCCUGAGCUGGGUCUUUGUGUUGGCAAAGACAAUUCAGUCUUCACUAGGCCCUCUACUGAUGUGGUGAGCAGCACCACCCUCACACUGGAUGGCACUGGCUUCACUCUGUCCGGGGGCAUCCCUGAGGUCACCGUGGGGGGCAAAAGGUGUGGCCUGGUCUCCCCUGCUUCCCCCACCUCCCUCCAGUGCAUCGUCCCAGCACUUGGAGGAGGGAAACAUGAGGUGGUUGUGAGGGAUGCAGUGUAUGGAGACUCCAACAACUUGUCCAUCUCCCUCAUCUUCUCUCUCACCUCACUCACUCCCUCCUCAGGGAGCUUUGGGGGUGCUAGGAUCAUGCUGGCAGGUCAGGGCUUUGACCCGGAUGGCGGCUCCUUGGUGACCUUGUGUGACCUGCCCUGUGACCUUGUGAGCAGUGACAGCACCACAGCCAUAACCUGUGUGGCACCAGCCCUGCCCCACAGUGAGGCAGAUGUGACAUGUGAUGUGGUGGUGAGCAGCCCGAAUGGUUUGUCUGCCAGUCUGCUGGGUGGCUUCACCUACCAACUGGCUCUCACACUCUCCCUCACUGGCCUGGAGCCCCAGCGAGGCGGCACUGCUGGCGGCACCUCCCUCACCCUCACUGGCACUGGCUUUGGGUUGAGCGGCAAUAAGGUCACCAUUGGUGGGUCAGAGUGCAAGGUGACCCAAGAGGGUCCGACCAGCAUCACCUGCAUCACUGAGGCUCACCAAGGGUCGGGUCAAUUCCAGGUCAAGGUCACUGCCCCUGGGAAAGGCUUGGCAGCAGCUCAGAACAAUAGUGGAAUCUUCUCCUACUUCGACCUCUGGAGUUCACCAUUCACUUGGGGCAGCGAACCGCCACCAUCACAGGGGCAGCUGGUGGUGGUGACUCAGGGCAAGACACUGCUGCUGGACCAGUCAACACCAGUGCUGAAGAUGCUGCUCAUCCAGGGCGGCCACGUGGUGUUUGAUGUGGAGACUGUGGAGGAGCUGGUGUUGCGGGCAGAGUAUAUUUUGAUCAUUGGUGGUGGCUCUCUCAGUAUUGGGUCGGAGGAUCAGCCUUUCCCUGGUGAGGCCGUCAUUGAACUGCACAGCAACACACACUCCACCGAGCUGCCCUUGUAUGGUGCCAAGGUGUUGGCGGUGCGUGAUGGGACGCUGGACCUUCAUGGCCGUCACGUCCCCAUCACCUGGACCCACCUGGCACACACGGCCUCCCUUGGGGACACCAACCUCACCCUGUCCCUGCCCGUCACCUUGAGGCAGGGUGACCAGGUUGUUAUUGCUACCACAGAGAACAGGUUCUACAUGAAGGAGAACGAGGUGAGGACCAUCGCAUCAGUCUCUGAGGAUGGCCUGGAGGUCACACUGACAGAGGCACUGGAGCACACCCACCUCUCCGUCACCCAGACUCUCGGGGGACACACAGUGGAGACACGUGCAGAGGUGGGACUCCUCACCCACAAUGUCAAGAUCCAGGGAAAUGUUGGCACCGACUUCAGUGUGGCUAUUGAGGGCUGUGACACUGCUUUUAGGCCUGACCAGCACGCCACCCAGUCAAGUUUCAAUGGUCGACAUGGAGACGAGAUUGGCGGUGACCAAUUUGGCGCCACCGUGAUACUGUCUGGAAAAUUCCCUGACCUGGACUUGGUGAUGGGACGCAUUGAGUACGUGGAGGUGACCAAGACUGGUCAGGCAUUCCAACUUGGGCGGUACCCACUCCACUUCCACCUGGCUGGGGACAUGGGUGGUUCGUACAUCCGCGGGUGCUCCAUCCACCACACCUACAACCGCGCAGUGACAAUGCACUCAACAAACAACCUGCUGGUGGAGCAUAAUGUGGCGUACAACAACAUGGGUCACGCUAUCUUCACAGAGGAUGGGGUGGAGCAGAACAGUGUGGUGCAGUACAACCUUGCAGUCUACACCAGGACCUCCUCUUCCCUUCUUAAUGUGGAUGUGACACGCUCCUCAUUCUGGGUGGUGAACCCAAACAACAUUUUCCGUCACAAUGCAGCUGCCAGUGGAACACACUUUGGUUACUGGUACAGGCUGGACCACCACCCCUCGGGCCCAUCCGCCACCAACAUCUACUGCCAGAACACUGAAAAGAUGGGACUCUUCUUCAAUAACACUGCACAUUCCAUGGGAAGGUAUGGUCUGUGGGUGUUCUCCAAUCCAGGAUAUCACCCAAAGUCCAACAUCUGUGGAGGCAGGGACAUGGGGGCCAAGUGGCAAAGCUUCACCGCGUGGCACUGUGAGCGGGGUGCCGAGGCAGUAUCUGGCACUAAGCUGCAGUUCCACAACUUUGUGAUGCUUGAUAACCAACAGGCUGGCAUGGAGAUGGUGUCUGUGAAGGGAGGGUUCGGACAGGAUGACAGCCCUGGCAUCUUCAAUUCCCUGGUGGUGUGUCACUCGGCCCUCAACUCCAGUGCCUGCACCUCAGGAACCAGUGGUAUUGUGGCGCCCAAGACCCAGAUCUUUAGUAUCUCCAAUGUCACAUUUGUUAACUUUGAUGAGGGUGGAAGUGCUGCACUGUCUGGCUGUUCUCAGUGCAGGAACUACCAGGGAGGCUACAGGGCACAGGUUAAGGGUCUGGCCUUUGAGAAUUCACCCAACAAGAUCAGGUUUCAGUGGGAACACGAGACAAUCUGGAUAGACGCUGAUGGCUCUCUGACGGGCGAACCGGAGGCAAAUGUUGUUCCCACAAUGGGCAUCUUACCAACUGAUUCCUGCACUCAAGAAGCAGCAUUCUCUGUCACCAAGAAUGUGCCAGGAUCAGUUUGCCGAGGGGCCAUGAAAUUCCUGCGAGUGGCCGUCACCAAUCCGAGCCCUUCCUCACUGCUUGGCAAGGACCUGGUGGUAAGCAACGACUUCGGCGCCACCCACAUCCCUUACCUCAUGUUCCGUAUUGGUGGUGCUGGCUGGAUGGGGCUUGUCUACACUGGUGCCACCUUUGACUUCAACUUUGAAAAUGCUAAUCAGUUCGUCAACAUGUCAUACAAGACUAACACAAAAUUCAUGACAAGAAAUGACUACUAUUUUGUGAAACACACACUCACCCAGACACCUGACAGAAUUGAGACGACCAAGGGUGAGAGGGAGAGCCUGGAGUCCCUGCCUGACCUCACCACAAACAUUCAUGGGGACUUCUACUGGGACACAGACUCAAAGGAACUCACAUACAUGGUGUCGCACAGUAAAAAGACUACAAAAAGGCAUGGCAACAUGGUCUUUGAUGACCGAGUUCCUGGUCAAUCAAGGCAGAUCAGUUUCAGUGUGUAUAAGUGUCAGCACAAAGGAUGUUCUGCACCUGACCCUAGACCAGUCCCCACAACACAUCCAGAUGCACCUUUCCGCUGGUCUGAUGUGGAGACGUGGAAGCAUAUGCCAGUCAGUACUGGUGGCCACCCAACAGAGGCAGAAUACAGCCUGCCCGUGGAGGGAGAUGAGAUUGUGAUUCCUGAGAGCAUGUGGCUCGUUGUGGACACGGCCACACUCAAGCUUGGCCGUGUCUUUGUGUAUGGCACCAUUGAGUUUGAUGACACGAUGGACCACAGAUUUGAGGCCACCAUUAUUUACAUCCAGGGAGGCUCUUUAAUGGCUGGCUACUCCUCAGACACUCCCUUCACCCACAGUCUCAUCAUUCGCCUGAUGGACCCUGAAGAUGUUGAUGCCUAUAGCAUGAACCUGGGCUGGAAAACUAUAGGUGUGUUUGGCUAUCUCAGGCUGCAUGGGCAGGUGUGCAGGAGAUCAUGGCACAAGCUUGGGGCCACAGUGGAGGUUGGGACCGGCCACAUAACUCUGGCCGAGGAUCCUGAUGCUUCCUGGCUCAAUAAAGAGGUGGGUGUGACAACAACAGGAAAAGAGGCAACAGAGAGCGAAGUGAGGCGAGUGGUAGCAAUCAAUGGUGCCACACUCACCCUAGACUCAGCACUCAAAUUCCAGCACCUUGGGGAGAUACACACGCUGUCAGACGGCACUUCCAUCACACUGGCUGGGGAGGUCGGUCUCCUGAGCCGGAACAUUGCGGUGGAAGGAAUCACGGAGAACAGCAACGGGGGAAGAAUUCUGGUCUCCACAGUCUUCCAGAAUGGCAAGCAUUAUGUUGGUUCGGCCCAAGUGGAUGGUGUGGAGUUCCGUAACAUGGGGCAGGAAGGCUUCACCGACAUCACUGACCCACGCUACUCCAUUGCCUUCCUGGGCCUUGAUGCCAUUGGUGACCAUUCUAGCUACGUCAAGAGGUCAUCAUUCAAUGUCAACUAUAAUGUGGCUGUUGGGCUCAUCAAGACCUUGAACAUGGUAGUGGAGGAGAACGUUAUCUAUCAUGAGCUGGAUUCAGGCAUAAGACACGAGACAGGCUCCAACACCUACAGGUGGAACCUCAUCACAACUGUGUUCUUCCUGGGGACUUAUGAAGACAGACAGGAAACAGAGAACUUGAAUUGGAGUGGUGCCUUUCAGCUGGACAAUGCACCCAACACUGUACUGACUGGCAAUGUUGUUGCUGGUGCAGAACAGGCUGGCUACAAGACCCUUGGAGAGCUGUGCGAGGACACAACUUGGUGGAUGGGGAAUGAAGUGCACAAUGCAAUUUAUGGAGUCAUGCUAUGGAAGAAGGGAGGCACAGGGCCACUGACAGACUGCUGCAGACUCAACAACUUCUACACCUGGAGAAUCUCAGACACAGGCUUCUAUGUCCAGCACUAUGCCAGCUCCCUCAUCACUAAUGUUGUCUCUGUGGACAGUCCCCUGGGAGCAAUGCAGAUCAUCUAUGAGCCAGAUUCACUGAGUCACAAGUUCCACCCCAAGACAGCCAAUGCCAGUCACUCCCUGUUUGUGGGUGUCUCCCCAUCACACACUUGUGAAUACCAGGCAUCCAAGUCCCGGAUAAUGAAGUUCUAUGGAGAUAAAUUUUUUGGCGGAGGCGUCGGCGGAGGAAACACUGGCAUCCUCUUAGCAUCAUUCACCUCUGGAUCUAAUAAGUUGUAGGGCUGGGCAGGAUUCUAUAAAACAGACAGAAUCCUGACGGAUCCCAGAUUGAGGCAGCUGACAAGUUUCCGAAUAAAGGCAUUGUCCGUGAUGCUUCCUGUGCUGUGGUUCCAUCGUGGCAGGCAUGGAAGUGCUUCUCGCUGCGUUGCCGCCUCAUGAUCAUUGAGAGCAUAGACACAGACACAGAGGUGCGGCGCCUCUCCCCCAUCGCCCUCAUUGCCAACCCUGGCCCCAGUGGGUACGUGGACCUCCUCCUUCUCUUCCUCCUAUACACGCCAUGGUUCAGACAUAUUUUUGUACAUGCGUUUAUCUUAUAUUAUUUUAUUUUACUUUAUUUUUUUGUUUAAUUUCUAUCCAGGCUCGUGUACUCGAUGCCUCAGCUCACGAGGUUCACAUUCACGCGCACGAGGCGGAGUGAGGUAGAGGUUCAUGAAGCUUCGAGUCAUUUUGUACUGGAAUGCGCCGUUAGUUUCAGUUAUGAGUCAUUAUUGCAGUAAUAUUGCACGUAGCUUCCUUCAUCUGAAUAUAUGCACAGUUUCUUCUCAUUCCUGUGGUGUUUUCAGAAUCGUUAUAUUCAUUCUUUCUUUCACUAAUUCUUUCAUUCAUUUGUUCUUUUUAUAUAUAUUUUUUUUCAAUAUUCUGUACGUUCAUAUAUUAUUUCAUUCUUUCUUUUGCUCGUUCGUUCGUUCAUUCAUUAAUUUAUUUAUUAUUUCGUUUGUUCAUUCACUGAUUCAUUCGUUGGCUUUCUUUUCAUUAUUUCUUACGUUCGUUCACUAUUUCAUUCUUUCGUUCGUUCGUUCAUGCAUUUAUUCUUUCAUUCAUUCACUGUGGCACAUUAAAAUCAGUAGAUCCUUU